AUGGUCACAUAUUCCAUAUUUUACGCCAUCAUCAUCAUCGCUUCCCUCUUGGGAAAUAUCACAGUCUGUGUAGUCAUACUCAACACCAGAUCCCUGCGGCAAUCCAUCAACUCGUGCUUCAUACUCUCCUUGGCAGUUUCUGAUCUGAUAACAGCUUGUCUGGUGAUGCCGUUUGACUUGGAGCUGAUCAUUUCAUUCCAGCGCUGGAUACAUGGUGAAAUCAUGUGCAACGUAUGGACUACAACAUACUUAAUGGCUGUACCCACGUCCAUUCUAAGCUUGUUGGCUUUGACAGUUUAUCGAUACCGAUUGCUGCAAGAACCCCUGGACAUCUACAAGGCAUCGCCGCUGAUGACUCGUAGGCGCGCCUCUAUAGUCGUUUGCUGUUUAUGGGCAUACUCCAUGCUCUUUUCACUCGCCCCAGUCUUUGGCUGGAAACGGCUUCCAAGAAGUGUUAAUUAUGAAUACUGUUAUUUCAACCUCUCUUUAACUUAUUCAGUCUUAAGUUCGAUGAUAAAUUUUGUGAUACCAGUUAUAAUCGCUUCCUUCCUGAACUGCAGAAUGUUCUGCGUCGCAAUCAAGCGGGCGCAUCCUCCAAAAACUGGCCGCCGAGCUGGAAAAACUAAACACAUGUCUAGAUUGAAAGAAAAGAGAGGGAAUGUUUCAGUAGCUAAACAAGAAAGCAUUGAAGACCCAGCAAGGCUUGGUACAGUCCAAGAGAGCUCCAAUUCACCUACCUCAGAACAACAACCUGUCGAAUCUAUGCGAUCGCGACAUGAAGCCAUCCUCAUCAGGAAAUUACAACAACGGAACAUUCGUGCAGCCAGGACAACGUUUCUGAUCGUUUUCUCGUUCGUGGUCUGUUGGUUGCCUCACUCAUUUCUGAGCAUCACGUACAUUCUGUGUCGGAAAUGUGCUAUCGAUAUCGCAAAGCAUCCUGAAUUGCUUACCUUCUUUCUUAUGUUGGGUUAUCUUAACUCAGCCAUUAACCCUGUUUUGUACAGCUUUCGGAGUUCUGAAUUUAAGAAGGCAGUUAAAGAUUUCAUUAGAAGAAGGCGC